GUGAGAAAGCAUGGGAUGCGUGAAUAAACUGGUUCUUGGUAUAAUCCAAGCUACUUCAUUCACAAACAUGUACGUGAAUGUACGGUGCGCUGUAAAAUAGCAAUGAAAUAUACCUAUCUACGAAUGCAGGAGUCGACAUUCCACACGCUUCCUGCAAAGUUUUGUAACAUCGCCUGUUAACUAUUACACAAGUGAGAUAGGUCCUCCUUCAUAAGGCGGAUGAAUCGAAGCAGUGAACUGCAGCUGCCACAUCGAGGUGACAAUCGUUUUGUGAGGCUGUGAUCGAGGUGGAUGUCUUCAAAGUUAUUUUAACUAAAUAAACAACUCAGUUAAGUGUAGCCUAUUGCAAAAAUACCGCGCGGGUGAGUCUUAUACCGAUGUUUUCACUUAACAUAAAUAUAUGAAAUAAGGCUGUGUCUGCUAGCCAUAUGAAUUGCGACUGACACUUCAGGCGGUGUUUCAUAAUCCACAAUUGUUUUGAAACGUCAAAUGACUGCGAAGAAUCAGAUGCAGCGAAUAGUCGGUGAGGCGCUCUGGGGAAUGUGCGCCGCCGACGCCAUGUCUAUGCCAGUGCACUGGUACUACAGUGUGCGAGACAUCAAGAACGAGUUCAACGGCUGGAUACAUUGUUUCAACCCGCCCAGAGAGAAACACCCGACGAGCAUCCUCACCCUCUCCAACGCAGCUGGCAGUGGGCGCAGUGGUUGGUCAUCAGGCAGCAGACCUCCAGUGAUCGGCAACAUCAUCCUCCAUGAUAAGCUGAGCUACUGGAAGAGACCAGGAGGCAGUGUCCACUAUCAUCAAGGUCUACAGGCUGGUCAGAACACAUUAAAUACCCUAUGUGCCUUGCGUGUGGGCAAGGCUCUCUCCUCUGGGGGAUUUUGCAGCAUGACCGAACCGCUUGCACAAGCUGCAGUCCUCUCGGACUAUGUGCAAUUUAUGACCACACCUGGUAGCCAUGACGACACCUAUGCUGAGUCAUUCCACAGAUCCUUCUUCUCUGAUUGGCAGGAUUCAAGACCAACCUCACCAAGCAAGGUCCUUGAGUUUGCAGAAAAACGAUGUAAACAGAAGAUGAAUGUGCAUCCCCCUGACAGCCAGUUGGAUGCUAUUGGUUGCCUUCCCAUGAGCAUCCCUUUCAUUCUGUUAUCGGCUUCAGAUGAUGAAGAGAAAGCUGUGACUGCAUCGGUUCAGUUUGUGCGACUCACUCACCCGCACCCGAAACUGGACAAAUUUGUGGCACUUUAUGCACGUGCACUCCAUGCUACACUGAACGGAGCGUGUCUGAGGCAGCAGGCGGAGGCGGCACUCAAAUCUCCCACACUCGAUGUCUGGGAUACCUGCCAGAGCUUUAUGCACAGAGCCGCCAGGUUACCCAUCGCUUCAGAGGAGAGAUUGAAGGUCCAUCAAAGUGCUGUUGAGGUGCUUGGUCUUGCCUGCUACACUAAAGGUGCCCUCAGCAGUCUGUUCUACUUGGCCCAUGAGUUUCAUAGCGAUAUCCAGGGAGGAAUCUUGGCAAACACCAACUGUGGAGGAGAGAACUGUAACAGGGGAGCAGCUCUGGGUGCUUUACUGGGUUCUCAUGCGGGACAUUUGGGGAAGUCUGUCCCUCAGGAGUGGAAAGACAGCCUUAUAAGUGGCAGAGAAUACAUCCCAGACAUACUGCAGAAACUCUUCUAACACACUACCCCCUGCUCCCAUGAUUAUUUCUCUCAGAGAAAGAGAGAGAGAAAGAGUAUCCUCUCCUUUUUUUCCUAGUUGCUGCUAAUUGUUUAAGAUAUUAUUAUAUGUCUUUGCAGUGCAUAAUAUCCAUAUGAAUUGUGUGCUGUGUCUUGUGUCCCACGAGCAUUUUACAUUCUCAAACAAGGGAAAUCUCUCAACACCCACGUCAAUAGGAGUUUGAGUGCAUUUCAGAAUAUCUAUCUUAAAGCUAAACGGGAGCUUUCUGAAUGAUUAAGGAACAUGUAAAUAAUGUUGUGUUCACUACAAUGUUACUAUAAUAUGCUGAUUGUAAUAUUUGUAAUAAUGUAUUUAAUGUAUAUUAUAUUCACAUUUGUGCAUUAAACAAUGACUGUUGGUCUUUUUAUUUCUUA